CCGCGCGCCAUCUUGGCUACGCUCUGAGGGCCGAGCGUGGUCUGGCGGCCGCGGUAAGCGCCGGGUCGUGAGUAGCCAGAUUGCUUCGAGAGGCCACCGCCAGCAGGAUGGAACACUACCGGAAAGCUGGCUCUGUAGAACUUCCGGCACCUUCCCCAAUGCCCCAGCUACCCCCUGACACCCUGGAGAUGCGGGUCCGAGAUGGCAGCAAAAUUCGAAAUCUGCUGGGGCUGGCCCUGGGUCGGUUGGAGGGUGGCAGCGCAAGACACGUGGUGUUCUCAGGUUCCGGCCGGGCUGCUGGGAAGGCUGUCAGCUGUGCCGAGAUUGUCAAGCGGCGGGUCCCAGGUCUGCACCAGCUCACCAAACUGCGUUUUCUACAGACGGAGGACAGCUGGGUCCCAACUUCACCUGAUACAGGCCUAGACCCCCUCACAGUGCGCCGCCAUGUGCCUGCAGUGUGGGUACUGCUCAGCCGGGACCCCUUGGACCCCAGUGAAUGUGGCUACCAGCCCCCAGGAGCACCCCCUGGCCUGGGCUCUAUACCCAGCUCCAGCUUUGGUACCCGGUCCCGAAGGAGGGCUCGAGACACUCGGUCCUGAAGAUCUGCAGAGACAGGUUGUUCUCUAGACCUGAGUAUCUGUGAUGGAUGUGCCUUACCUGAGAACCACUUGUGAUUCAACAUCCCCAGCAAGGCUAGUUCCACAGAACUUUGGCUCUUUCCCUCUGGAAUGUAGAAAGGUUCUGCUAUGAAGAAUGACAGGUGUGGAGUCUCUUCUGAGUUCUGGAUUGUUUGAGAAGGGCUUACCCUCCCUCUAACUACAGGACAUCUGAUCUUCCUUGUGAUAGAGGUCCAGGGAGGGAAAUAAAAUUCAGUUCAUUUGUCA